AUGCAAUACGCUCUUAUACUCUCCCUCCUCCUCCCCCUCACCACCGCCUCCCCGGUGCCCCAAAACGGCGGCAAAAACGCCCAAUCAAUUCCCCUCGCCAUCGCCGAGAACCAGCAAUUCAAGACUCUCGCCGCCGGCUCGCACUGCGACCCCGCCACCCAGCCCGCCGCCUGCAUCAAAGACCAAUUCGCCCAAUGCGUCAACGGCGCCUUCUCUGCCGGCACUGCAUGCGCGGGCGGGCUAAAAUGCUUCUCGCUCCCGCUCGUCAACAAGGUUGGGACCAGCGUGACCUGCACCUCAGACACAGAUGCGGCCGCGAGAAUGGGUUUUGCGAGUGUUGCGGAGCUGAACCAGGCGUUUGGGAACGCGGUGACGGCGUCGUUGGCGGCGCUAAGAACUGGGGAGCGCGGUAGCAAAGCGGGGCUUAAUAGCAAUGACAAGCCCAAGGCGGACGAGCAGGGCGGGACGGGCGAGAAUGGAGCGGGCAAUUCUACGCAAGUUGAGCAUGCGGGACAUGCUGGUGCUGCUGGUGGUGGUGCAUCUGCUGGCGAUGCGGCCGGUGGUGCAUAUGGAGGCGGCGCUGCGGGUGAUGCUGCUGGUGGUGCUGCUGGUGCAGGAAACGAAGGCGCCGCUGCCGGUGGUGCUGCGGGUGAUGCUGCUGGUGGUGCUGCGGGUGAUGUUGCUGGUGGUGCUGCGGGUGAUGCUGCUGGUGGUGCUGCGGGUGAUGCUGCUGGUGGUGCUGCUGGUGCAGGACACAAAGGUGCCGCUGCCGGCGGUGCAGGAAACGAAGGCGCCGCUGCCGGUGGUGCUGCGGGUGAUGCUGCCGGUGGUGCUGCUGGUGCAGGAAACGAAGGCGCCGCUGCCGGUGAUGCUGCUGGUGGUGCUGCUGGUGCAGGACACAAAGGCGCCGCUGCCGGCGGUGCAGGAAACGAAGGCGCCGCUGCCGGUGGUGCUGCGGGUGAUGCUGCUGGUGGUGCUGCUGGUGCAGGAAAAGAAGGAGCCGCUGCCGGCGGUGCUGCGGGUGAUGCUGCUGGUGGUGCUGCUGGUGGUGCCCACGCAGACGCACCAGCUUCAAAGACUACACCCCCGGCAGGAGUACCCCCUCCUUCCGCAACUCUCCCUUCCCAAACCGAUACUCCCGCCCGCAAUGGCACUGCAGGAAAAAACACUGCUCUCCCCGAGCCCGUCCAGACCAAUGCGCCCAACGGCACUGCAGCCCCGGCAGAGACUGCCCUACCAACAGGCACUGCCCCCCCUGUAGAGGGUAAACAGCCAGCAGAGACAGGCACCCCAGGGGCUGAAGCUCCGUGCACCGAUACCCCGCCUGCUGCAACUGGGGCUCCUGAGAAGGCUACUCCUCCUACUGGUACUGCUAUGCCGAUGCCGGAGGGGACUGCGGCUACAGAAACUGCUCCUCCUGCGAAAGAGACUGCACCUCCUGCGAAAGAGACUGCUCCUGCGGCCACUGAGACUGCACCUCCGGCGAAGGAGACUGCUCCUCCUGCGAAAGAGACUGCUCUGCCCGCGAAGGAGACCGCUCCUGCGGCCACAGCGACUGCCCCUCCUGCGAAAGCGACUGCUCCUGCUGGAUACGGCGCCGGAGCUUAUUAG